AUGACUAUUGCAAUCUUCAUUUUGUUUCUCACCAUAACACAACGAAACACCGUCUUCUCUCAUGUUAACUACGUCGGUGGAGUCAUCGUCAUUGUCAUCUUAAUCUCUCUCCCUCUUUUAAUCGCAAUUAAAGAAGAGUCUUUUCUCUUUAAACUCAACCAACAAACCAAGGAUCCUUCGGUUGUUGUUUCAAUUCCUGUUCAAAAACUCGAGCAAAUUCCCGAAACUUCUUUGCCGUCGUCUUUGUCCAACAAUUUAUCUAACAACCCCAAAAGAGGGGAAGAUUUCGGUAUCUUGCAAGCUUUGUUUAGUGUGGAUAUGACACUUAUUUUCAUAGCAACAGUUUCAGCUUGUGGUUCAUCUGUUGCUGUCAUUGACAAUCUUGGCCAGAUCGCCGAGUCACUUAACUAUCCGCCACAAUCCGUAAGCGUCUUCAUUUCAUGGAUUUCCAUUUUCAAUUUCUUCGGUCGAGUUUGCUCCGGCUUUGUCUCUGAAUAUUUCAUGACCAAACACAAAUUACCUCGUCCUAUUAUCUUUGGCCUUAGCCAGCUUCUUACCUGCAUUGGAUUUCUCUUCAUUGCCUUUCCUUAUACAAAAUCAGUGUAUGUAGCUUCAUUGAUUAUUGGGUUUGGAUUUGGAGCUCAAACUCCAUUACUAUUUACUUUAAUCUCUGAUCUCUUUGGCCUAAAACAUUACUCCACACUUCUCAAUUGUGGGCAAUUGGCAGUCCCAUUUGGAUCUUAUCUAAUGAAUGUUCAUGUAGUAGGGAGGUUUUAUGAUAAGGAAGCAAUUAGAAUUGGUAAUGUGCAGAAUGGGAAGGGUUUAACUUGCAAUGGAGCUCAUUGUUUUAGUGAAUCCUUCAUAAUUUUGGUUGGAGUGACAUUGUUUGGAGCUAUGGCUUCGUUUGUGUUGGCCUAUAGGACUCGAGAGUUUUACAAAGGGGAUAUAUAUGAGAGAUAUAGAGAGGAUCAAAUGUGGGUUACACAAAAGGACAAGGAACACACAAAGAAAAGCGAUGAUGGAAGCAAAUAA